CCAAUUCACUUCACUUCGUCUUCAAGAGAGACGGACAUUAUUUUCCAACAUGUCGUCAGAAGGACUACGUGGCACUCGUUUCUGGGGCGAAGAGGAGGCCGUCUUCUUGCUUCGGCAGCUGAAAGAACCCAACAUUUUCAAGUGGCUCGACGGACGAAAAAUCAGGAAUGCGGAAGUAUUUAAAAAGGUGGCGAAAAAAAUGGAGGAAGCGGGCUUCAUUCGGACUUUCGAGCAGAUAAAAAUGAAAUGGAACAGCAUGAAGCGGAUUUACUUCGUAACCAAAAGGAAGAUUAAAAUAAAUGGACACAACUCAGUUCCGUGUCCAUACUUUGAGCUCCUCGACGACCUGCUAGGAGGACGAGCGUUGUCUCAAACGUGUGGCUUGGACGUUGGCCUUGGGGCUUCCGUUUCAGAGAGUGUGCCGAAAGACCAGAGAGAGCCAACUGAUGACCCAGAGAAGCAUCCAGACGAAGAGGAUGCCGUCGAAAUGGAAGAGACGGCUGAAACAGAAGAACGGGAGACUGAUAGUCCUCCUGUAUUAAAGACGAAGACUCGCACAGGUAGCUUUGCGAUGUUUGGGGAAAGGCAAAGACCCAGGGGCCGACGGUCUGACGUGAAGCGGUUUACGUCCAGCAUGGAGAGAUUCCAGACUGUUUUGGUCGACCAGUUACGACAGAGCCAAGAAAUGCAGGAAAGGCUGGUGAAUACCAUCCUCCAGAGCAACGAGUCCAUGGUGUCGGCUCUUCUUGAAGGCAUCCAGAGUCUAAGACCGCGCCCCCCGGAUCAGAGAGGAGAAAAAGACGUCCACCAGCUGAAUGGUCAUCAGUCGCAGGGGGAGCCCCGCCCGCCGACCCCCAACGUUAACGUGGAAGUUGAGGACGGAGAGCCAGAGGAGGCUGAUCUCACCAAGAUGGCCGUGAAGACUGAAGACCACGAAGACAAACCGCCCGAAUCCUUUAUGGCUUCAUCACAAUCCCCACGGUUGGAACGGAGGGGCUGUAAAUACGACGUCCAGCAGAUGAUUUGUCAAGAAGAACACGCCCCUCAGCUGCAGGGCGGGACCUCCACUUGGAAGCAGGAAGAUCCACAUCCCCUCCACUUUAAAAAGGAGGAGGUGGACCCACAGCCCCCCCAGGUUAAAGAAGAAGAAGAAAAGGAAGCACUCUGGAUCACCCAAGAGGGAGAGUUUCUUCCUGAUCUCGCCAAGUUGCCACUGACUCCCAUCACUGGGAAGACCGAAGACCAUGAAGACAAACCACCAGAGUCCUCACAGCUUCAUCACAGUCCAAGUGAGGAGAACAGAGGGGCGGAGCCACAACACAUGACAACAGAAGCCGAUGGAGACCACCGUGGAGGAUCACAAGCAGACAACCUCUUAGCUCCGCUAUCAGAUAGCGACGACACGACGUCAUACUCCCCUGAAGCUGAAGACCAGGACAUCACCCAAAAACCCUUGAGCAGCAAUACAGACCGCGAAGAUGAUCUGAGGACUCACACCGACAACAAAGACUCUGAAUGCUCUAAAAAGAAGACGGGUAAAAAAUCUUUGACCUGCUCAGUUUGUGACAAAAGCUUUUCUUGUAUGAGCAAUUUGUCUCGACACAUGGCGAUGCACACGGGAGAGAAACGUUUCGUAUGCUCGGUUUGCGGAAAAGGAUAUUUUGACAGGUGUGAUUUGGCCCUACACAUGCGGACGCACACGGGAGAAAAACCUUACUGUUGUUCCGUUUGUGGCAAUGCGUAUUCCCAGAGGUCGAUUCUGACAGCUCACAUGAGAACGCACACAGGAGAAAGACCUUAUAGCUGUUCAAUUUGCGGCGCUAGGUUCUUCCGACAGUCGGAAGUGGUAUCUCAUAAGAGGAUGCACACGGGAGAAAAACCCUAUAGUUGCUCCGUUUGUGGCAAAAGAUUUGCUCGAAAGGGACAUCUGACGGUUCACGAGAAACUCCACACGGGAGAAAAACCCUAUAAUUGCUCCGUUUGUGGCAAAAGAUUUGCUCGAAAGGAACAUCUGAUGGGUCACGCGAAAGUCCACACGGGAGAAAAAGCGUUCAGUUGCUCCAUCUGUGGCGCUAGGUUCGUUCAAAAAUCGCAUGCGGUGUCACACACGAGAACACACACCGAAAAUAAAAACUCUUAGUUGAUCAUGAACACACGCUUGAGGACUCACACCGACAACUCUCACAUGCUCCUCGCAGCUACUCACCUUGCCCACCCACAUAGAAUGUGUUGUUUUUCUUUAAAUGCCUUUAAAUGGAGAGAGACUGUGAACAAAUAGAGAAGAAUAAAGG